AUGGCUCAAAAUGAAAAGAAGGGUGCUAGGGCGUUCCUUUGUUCCCCAUCCACUUGGGAUAUGGCUGAUUUCAUGGCAACGAAUGAUCUGGUGGAUCCAGGGUUUGUGGGGAUGGUAUUUACUUGGACCAAUAAUAAGGAUGCGAGAAAUAAGAUCUUCUCCAGAUUGGAUAGAUUUCUUGUGGGUUCGGCCAUUAUGGAUGCGUUUCAGGGGCUUCAGGUUACCCACCUUACUAGACUCGCUUCUGAUCAUUGCCCAAUUCUUUGCUUUGUCCAAGGGAGGCCGAAAUAUGUGUUUUCUCCUUGGAUCAAGUUUGAGGAUGUUUGGGCGAGCUUCCCCAAGGCUCAACAUUUGGUUCUGGAGAAGUGGAAGAUUUUGGAUCACGGUAGUGAGGCAGCUCAACUCCAGAGGAAAUGUAAUAGAACGUUGAAAGCUUUGUUCUUUUGGAGUAAGAAUAAGUUUAAGAUGCUCAACAAGCUGAGGGAGGAGCUAGAUGGUGAGAUUUGGACCCUUCAGGAUUUGGAAGGCCAACCGAAUGGUUUGAAUGAGAGCCAGACCGAGCAACUGAGGUACAAGGUGCAGCUCCUUAACUUCACCCUGACCCGAAUUAUGACCUGGUGGAAACAGAGGGCCAAGGUUAAAUGGAUUGAAGAGGGUGAUGGUAAUACCCGCUUCUUCCACUCCAUGGCGUCGGCUAGGAGGAGAACCAAAUGCAUCGAAUCUAUUAAAAAUGAAACUGGCGAUGUGGUAACGGAGCAUGGGGAAAUCUCCAACAUCUUCUUUCGAUUCUUUGAUAAAAAAUGGAAGGGACAGCCCAUUGUGGAAUCAGAAUGGUCGUCUCUUGAGGCCUAUCGGGACUCUAUUAUGCAAUUUGCUGUGCUCCUGUAG